AUGGCCUGCUAUCACUACCAAUCAUGUUACAACAGUGUCGACAUCCGCGGAAUGGGAGCCGUUUGUUGCGAGAAUGGCAAUCCAGACGGCCAAACCUGCUAUAAUACGGCCGACUUUACCCUGGCAGAUCGCAGCACAAGAGAGGCGGCAGAUACAGUGUGUUCCGGCGACAUGUGCUGCAUUGGAUACCAGACGUGCAACACCGGCAAAGCGACGAAUGUCGGCUCGCUUACUUGCAAAGGAUACCAAGCAUGCUACCAGUAUGACUUCUCAUUGGACGGUGACCUGAUCUGUGAUGCCGACGCGCCGACAGAGUGUCCUGGUGACAGUAAUCACGGAGUCACCUGUGCCAGCAGUUCAACCUAUUUCAGGUUCCAGCCAACAGGCGAUGGCACACACUGUGUCCAAUGCAAAGGCCAGACUUCUUGCAAAGACGCCAACUUCGAAUUUCCAGAAAACGCCAGCGCCUACUUCUUUUGUGCAGACGGAGAAGGCGGCGAUGCUUGCGAGGCAAUGGUGAUCAAAUUGGCAGCUGGGUCCUGCAUGGAGAUUAACCUCACAGAUGGCUCCGGCGAGGGUAAAAUCACAGUCGACAGAUCCGGCAGCGGUAACAACGAGGCCUGGUGA